GCAGUCGUUUACUCACGCUCGACGCCGAGAGACGUGUCGAAGCUUCGUGUGUUGCGGCCCGCGUGGUCCAGCAUAGAUAAAUAAAAAAUACAAAUUUCAAAAAAAGGAGGAAAAAACAUACGACAUUUGCUCUCUCUCUCUCUACUGGUGUGUGCGUGUGCAAUUUUUACGACGGUUCGUCGGUUUGUUGAGUGUGCUUGAAACUUAUCUACGACCUAAAAGCUUAAGCGUUGACCACCAUGGUCCUGCUGACGGAGUUGUUUGUGGCCGCGGUCCUGGGGCUGGUGAUCUAUCGCGCCUACCGCUUCCUCACGGACCGUCCCUCGGCGAACUUCCCGCCGGGACCGCCGCGACUGCCCCUGCUGGGUGGCUACCCGUUCCUACUGGCUCUGGACUACCGGCACCUGCAUCAAGCUGCGGCUCGGCUUUCGCAGCUGUACCGCAGCAAGCUGGUUGGGCUCUAUCUGGGUCCGCUGCCAGCGGUCAUCGUCAACGAUUACGACACCGUCCGGGAGGUGCUUCAGCGGUCCGAUUUUGACGGCCGUCCGGAUCUGUUUAUGGCGCGACUUCGGGACGAGCACUUCCAGCGGCGAGGCCUCUUCUUCACCGACGGCGACAGCUGGCGCGAUCAGCGCAAGUUCUUCCUCAAAACGAUGCACCAGUUUGGCUUUGGCCGGCGGAGCGCCGAGUCCGAGGCGGACAUCCAGAGCGGGCUGGAGGAGCUGAUUGCGCUGCUGCGCGACGGUCCCAAGUACGAGCACGAACACGCGCUGGUUGACGCGAGCUCCGGGUUCGCCCUCUGCCCGACGGUGUUCUUUGCGCUGUUCUCCAACGUGGUCCUGCGGAUGUUGAUCGGGGCGCGGCUGGGCCGCGAGGACCAGGGCGUGCUGUUUGAAGUUGGCAAGAACUCGAUCGCGUUCCACCGCGGUGGCGAUGACUACGGUAUGGUGCUGAGCUACAUUCCCUGGAUUCGGCAUCUGUUCCCGAAGGCUUCCGGGUACGAGUUGUUACGAGAGGUGAACAAGAAGGCGAAUGCCGUGGUGCUGAGCCUGGCCCAGAAGGUCGAGAGUAGUUACGACGAGAACGACAUGCGUUGCUUUAUCGAUGCGUACAUCAGGGAAAUUCGAGGCGGUAAAACGGGAGGAGUGUCUACCGGAAAGGACGCGUUUGGAUUUGAGUACGAUCAACUGGUUAUCGGUUGUGCCGACUUCCUGGUUCCACCGCUGUCGGCCAUCCCCGCGAUGAUGUGUCUCAUCCUGGAACGGUUGAUCCAGCAUCCGGAAGUUCCGGAGAAGAUGUACCGCGAGUUAACCGAGGUAGUCGGAACAGGUCGGCUCCCAACGCUGGACGAUCGCGCCAGUCUACCUUACUGCGAAGCCGUCAUACGGGAAGGCCUCAGACUGGACACCCUAGUCCCGUCCGGAAUCCCACACGUGGCCCUCAAUGAUACCCAACUGGCCGGUUACCAAAUCCCCAAAGGCACGGUGAUCGUCAGCUCCCUCGACUACAUUCACCAUCAGCAGGAGAUUUUCCGCGAUCCGAACAGCUUCAAGCCGGAAAGGUUCCUCAACUCCGACGAGCAGCUCUCGCUGGAACUCGACAAAUCGGUGCCCUUCGGUGCCGGCAAGCGCGUCUGCGCCGGAGAGCAGUUUGCCCGAAAUGGGCUGUUCCUGGCGAUCACCUCUUUGGUGCAGAACUUUACCUUCCAGUUGCCUCCCGGCCAGGGCGGUCCCGAUCUGAGCCAACGAGCGACCGGAGUCAUACGCACAACGCCGGACUUUCGGCUCAAGUUUGUCACCCGUCGUUGAGUUUGAGAUCAACCCUAGAAGUUUAGAAUCGACGCGUCCAGCACAGAUAAAACCCACGGAUAUGUCUCGACUGUCAUCCACAUACAAAGCGAGUGAAGUCAAAAUCGAACCAAGUUCGAACCAAGUUUUUGCAGCGAGGUUUUUGAAAAUGUUGUAUGCACAUGAAUUGCAAAAAUAAAAACUUUUUUUUUUAAU